AUGGAUUUGAUAACUAAUGUAAGCGAGUUUGAAGCAAUUGCAAAACAAAAAUUGCCAAAGAUGAUUUAUGACUACUAUGCAUCAGGGGCAGAAGAUGAAUGGACAUUGAAAGAGAACCGAAACGCAUUCUCAAGGAUUCUGUUCAGGCCGCGAAUUCUUAGGGAUGUAAGCAAGAUAGAUUUGACAACAAAUGUGUUAGGAUUUGAUAUAUCAAUGCCUAUCAUGAUUGCUCCUACAGCUAUGCAAAAGAUGGCUCACCCUGAAGGAGAAUAUGCUACUGCUAGGGCAGCAUCAGCUGCUGGCACAAUCAUGACACUAUCCUCGUGGGCUACUUCCAGUGUUGAGGAGGUUGCUUCAACUGGACCUGGCAUUCGGUUUUUCCAACUCUACGUGCUUAAAGACAGAAAUGUGGUUACUCAGCUUGUGAGAAGGGCUGAAUCUGCCGGUUUCAAGGCAAUUGCGCUUACAGUGGACACUCCAAUUCUUGGUCGCAGGGAAGCUGAUAUUAAAAACAGAUUUACAAUGCCACCACACCUUAUCUUGAAAAACUAUGAAGGGUUGGAUCUUGGAAAGCUGGAUAAGAAGACUAAUGAUUCUGGUCUAGCAUCUUAUGUCGCUGGCCAAGUUGACCGGUCACUCAACUGGGAGGAUGUGAAAUGGCUUCAAACAAUCACCUCAUUGCCAAUUUUAGUGAAGGGUGUAAUUACUUCUGAAGAUACAAAGUUAGCUAUACAAGCUGGAGUUUCUGGAAUCAUUGUUUCCAAUCACGGUGCUCGCCAACUUGACUAUGUACCUGCAACUAUUACGGCUUUAGAAGAGGUUGUGAAAGCAGCAGGCGGAAAACUUCCAGUUUUUCUGGAUGGUGGAGUCCGUAGAGGUACAGAUGUUUUUAAAGCACUGGCUCUCGGAGCAUCCGGUGUAUUUAUUGGAAGACCUGUGGUGUUCUCAUUGGCUGCUAAUGGCGAAGCUGGUGUAAGGAAAGCACUUGAGAUUCUCCAUGAUGAGUUUCACCUAACUAUGGCAUUAUGCGGUUGCCGCUCAAUCAAGGAGAUAACGCGUGAUCAUGUUGUCACAGAGUGGGACCGUCCAAGAAUUGAUCCUAGGUUAUAA